ACUUUGUGUCCAGAAAAAGAAGAAGCAAAAACAAACUUAGUUUACAGGUAGCUAACCGACAUGAGCAGCCUGGAAGAAGCACUGCUGCAGAAUCCGCCCCCGUCGGUGGUUGUGUGCCACCACGCCGCCGCGGCCUGCCACCAUGAGGGGUGCCCCGGGUGCGCCAUGGACCGGAGGAAGGAGAGCCUCCGCGGGAGGAUCCCUUACAAGGAGCUUUUCUUCGUCGCUGCCACCACUCUCGCUGGAUCUCUACCAAUCACAUGCCUCUACCCCUUCAUGUAUUUCAUGGUUAGAGACUUCAACAUUGCUAAAAGAGAGGAAGAUAUUGGAUCCUAUGCUGGUUUUCUUGCUGCUUCAUACAUGAUUGGAAGAGCCAUUACCUCGAUAUUUUGGGGUAUUGCCGCAGAUCGUCUCGGACGAAAGCCUGUAAUUGCAUUUUCAAUGCUAUCUGUGGUCAUACUUCAGAUAUUCUUCGGGCUAAGUACAAAAUAUUGGAUGGCGAUUGCUGCAAGACUUCUUCUAGGUUCUCUAAAUGGAUUACUUGGACCAAUUAAGGCUUAUGCCAUUGAAGUUUGUCAAACUGAACACCAAGCUCUUGGCAUCUCAGUUGUGAAUACCAUGUGGGGUUUGGGUGUUGUUAUUGGUCCAGGACUUGGUGGUUACCUUGCCCAGCCUGCUGAAAAAUAUCCACAGACCUUUUCCAAGGAGUCAGUUUUCGGGAGGUUCCCAUAUCUGUUACCUUGUCUCGUUGUGUCAAUCUUUGCUGCCGUUGUUCUAAUAAGUUGUAUAUGGCUUCCGGAGACUAUACAUAAACAUAAGAUUACUGAAAAGGAUACCAGAAUAGUCAAAGCCUUGCCAUCGCAACAGGCUCAUUGGGAUAUGCCUCGUAAGAAGAGUUUACUUCAGAACUGGCCAUGGAUGUCAACUAUGCUAUCAUAUUGUCUGUUUGGUCUUCAUGAAACGGCAUAUAGUGAGAUACUUUCCAUAUGGGUUGUGAGUGACAGAAAGUAUGGCGGCCUUAGCUUCUCAUCUGGAGAUAUUGGCCAGGUUCUUUCAGUGUCAGGUGCUAGCCUUCUUGUAUAUCAGCUUAUAAUUUAUCAUUGGGUUAAUAAAUUUCUCAGGCCACUCAAUUCAUCGCGCAUUGCUUCCUCUCUAUCUAUUCUUGUACUCGCUACGUUCCCUUUUAUGACAUAUCUGUCUGGAACAAAACUGUAUUUUGCAAUUUAUGUUGCAGCCAUGACAAAAAGUGUUCUCAGGAUAACUAUCACUUGUGGAAUGUGCCUUCUUCAGAACAAUGCAGUGCGUCAAGACCAGAGAGGCACUGCAAAUGGUAUAGCGACAACCGGCAUGUCGUUUUUCAAGGCAGUUGCUCCACUAGGGGCAGGAAUUCUAUUCUCAUGGGCACAAAAACGUCACGAUGCCCCCUUCUUCCCAGGUGAUCAAGUGGUGUUCUUGAUGCUGAUUUUGGUGCAGCUCUGUGGACUGAUAUCUACCUUCGAGCCAUUGCUGGUCUUGCCUCCAGUAGAAGAAUGUCGGUAAGACAUAGAGGGGAGACCACAAUGUACAACUACAAUAUUCAAAAGUUGCUUGUGAAUUCAGUGAGGAGGCCCAAGAACCUACUAGGAAUACCCAAGUCAAACACACAUGUGACGAGGAUCAUUGACCGGGUCAACCCCUUUUCAUGUGUUAGUAGCGAGUGGUUAUUAGAGACAAGAGUGGUUACCCAUGUGGGAAAUGCUUUCUACACUUGAUAGCGGUUCGAACAUUUCAAGACUCAAAAUGGUACAACUACCCGAACAAGACAAUUGAAGGGAGAGCUCUUGGAAAACCUGAUACUCUGUAUUUUGUAUAAUUAUGUGGCUAGAGUUCCAUUUAUGGUGUAUAUGAUAAGCUCUUUUUUUAAGGGAAUGC